AUGGCUGAGCGUCAGACAUUACAGCUUCAAGAUCGCGCGCGGAUCAUCGCGGACUAUCCAAUUGGCAAUAGACUUGCCGCACUCCGUGCUUCGUUCGCUACCAACUCUGACCGAAAAGUCCAGUCUCGCUCUGCUCAAAGUCUGCUUGCCCGCCAAGAUCUGCAACACCUCGCCCUGGAGCUCCUGAUCACGCUUAGCAAUCUACCAGUUGCACGCCAUCUCUCCUCAAGGGAUGGCCAAGCGACGCUCGCCAAUGACUUAUUGAGCCUAAUCGCCGGCGUGAGCUCUGACAUCUCUAAUGUCGGAUCGAUUGUACCUCUCCUGAGCACUGCUCUCGACCCUUCGUGCAAGGACGAGGAACUUUGGGACAAAAUCUAUGCUAUACCGCCUGCUCCGCUGGGCUCGAAGCCUAGUGCAUCACAACCCGCUGCCUCUGUAUCCACGGGAAGAUCACAGAUAAGCGAACCAAUCACCCGGCGCAUACGGCCCCUUCGUCCCAAUCAUGUUUCCAGCCAUGAAAUAACGACUCGGCUGAGCAGCAGAGGAGGGAAGAGGUACAAAGUGGACAUUGCUUGUAACCCUUGUCGCCUUCGGAAGGUCAAAUGUGAUGGAAUUCGCCCAGCGUGUGGCGCUUGCAGGAAGAGCAAACGGGCUAAGGCAACAUGCCAAUACAGUCAAGGCGACGAAGAAACUAAUUUCAGGGAGAGGGACGACGAUCUAGCCAACAACUCAUUUCGACUAGACCCCAUGUUAGGGCAUACAUUGCCUGAUGCUGAACAUCAAGGCCUCGCUCCUCUCGUUCUUCCCAACAUUGAGAAGCAGCCCUUGAUAACCGUUUCUAGCGGCACUGAAGCCUUUGCUGCUCAGGACAAUAUUGGAAUUGUCGAAAUAUACCAGGAGCAACUACACGAGUAUGGGAUGUCAAGUCUGAAGGUCUUCUUUGACCGCCUGAGGGCGUCCAUCGAUGCACAGCUUGGUAUACCGGCCGAUGGCAACCCAUUCAAAAUUCCAUUGACAGACGCACCGAUGUUUUUGGCACCCAGCUCUAACCCGGGACCAACGGCUCAGAAUGAGAAUGACUUGGUACUGCCUUCACGCAAGAAUGCUGAUCUGCUCGUCGAUAUAUAUUGGUCACGCCUGCAUCCAAUUGAACCGGUCUUAGACCGCAAGCAAUUUGACUCUCUUUACAACGCUUUGUACUCAGGAACCAUAGAUGAUGGCGCUGAACAUCUUUUCGGCUGUACUUUCAACGCCGUGCUUGCACUGGCUACGCAAUGCCAAGAAGAUAUCGAUCUUGAACAGAGACAACAGACGAGCAAGAUGUAUUUUGAUCGUGCCUGGCUUAUCAUUCGGCCCGGCCAAGAAUUAUGGGAGAUUCCAUCCCUCGAACUGGUUGAGUGCCUGCUCCUCAUCUGCAGCUAUCUUCGUUGCACCACCAAUGCUCACCAAGCUUGGAUGGCCAUGGGUGCUGCCAUUCGUGUAGCCCAAAGCCUGGGGCUACACUUACUUGGAAACUCCUCUAGUAACGAAGCUUUGAAUGCUAGGCGGAUACAAUUAUGGCGUAUAUGCAUCUUUAAUGACAAGCAGAUGUCGUUAGCGCAAGGUCGCCCAAGAACCAUCAAUGACUGUUUCGUCAAUGCCAUUCUGGAGCACAAUGAUACCUCUCAAGAAGAUGAAGCAGUAUCUAACUUCAUCACAAAAUCCAUUGAACUCUACCAGAGCGUCACGUCGAUUAAAUCAAGCCUACCGAAGGCGUACCAGGGACGACCGGCACGAGGCAUCGAACAGCUUGCACAGAAGGACGACGAGUAUCUUCAUAUGGUUCUCAGGCUCGAGGACCGUCUAGUCGAGUGGGAGCAAAAUCUCCCACUAAUUUUAAGGCAUACAAAUGACUUAACAAGCCACACAAGUAAGAAUUCGGCGCUCACAGCGGCCUUCAAGCUAAGAAUCGCUCAUAACCGGAUCUUUCUUUUCCGCCCGAUGCUGGCCUAUCUCUGUUUAUCUAAAUCCCACCACGACCAACAUACUCUCUCAACUGAAACAUUGAGACAGCAGAUCAUUCGUAAUUGCGCCUCAGUGUGUAUCAAGAAUGCUCAAGAAAUCAUAUCCAUACUUCAAGAACAAUGCCGCCCGGAAAUACUUAACAAUAACCCCAUUCCGUGGUGGCAUCGGAUGCUCUACUUGCACGUGGCUGUCACGACUCUCAUCGCUGCCACCCUGAGCGGCGAUAUGACAGCAGAAUUUCAGACUUCAGCAUCUUUGGAUCAACUUGUCUCUCUUCUUCAUACUCAUGAACACUGCGCCAAUUAUAUUUCACAAUACUCGCAGGCUUUUGGAACCCUUCUAGCUAAAGUCUCAAGCAUUCGCUUCGAGCCGCCCGGCGAGGUGCCGGCAACAUCCGAAUCACUGCCACCUACACCGUACCUACAGGAGCUCUUCCCUGGUAGUACUACUUUCCCUUUUGGACUGGAGGACAUACUUUAUCUAGAUAAUCUAUGA